AUUUAGCACAACCAUUACGCAAACAGCGUAAAUCGAAAGCGGCAGUCUGUGCUUCAUUGAUAACAGUAGAGCAGCCUGUCUGUCACUGGGCGUUGGUAACAAGUAGAGACCAGAUGGAGAAAAUGGCUAAGCGGAUGAUCACCCAGGAAACCUUCGAUGCUGCUGUCAGGGAAAACAUGGAGGAGUUUGAGAUGGAUCCUGAUGAGGCUCUGAAGGAUGCUGUGAAGCAGUUUGAGUCUCAAGGUGUGAACCUCAAUUGUAUAAUACAAGUUGUACCACCGGUAUCAUCUGAUGGCAAACAAGAGCCAACACAUGAAGUCUUAAAGGUUUUGAAUUCCCUCUGCAUUGUAAAAGAUUCAGCCAGUGUGCAGGAUGUGAAGGCAGAUUUAAAACGCUUUACCGAGCUUUGUUCACUUGAACUUGCCCAGAGGUACCUGGCUGCUCAAAAAGACGCCUACCCAGUCAUCCUCUCUUACUGCAAAAAGGGUGUGGAGGAGCCGGAAGCUGUGUUUACCGCUCUCUCCGCCCUGGCUGCACUGACAAAUGGACAGCCAGACUUGUUGAAUGCAGAGGGCCAGCAAUUCCUUUUGAAUAUCCUCAAGAAGUACAAGGCAGAGUCCUCUGUGACACGUGUAGCCUUAACCACCGUCCGUCAAUGCUGUUUGAAACAUGAACAGAACAGGCAGGAUUUGGUCAAAGCUGGCAUCCUGCCUCUGCUGACCGGUGCCAUCAAACAACACGGUGAAAGUGCUCAGAUCGUCAAGGAGGCCACUGCAGCUCUCAAGGUCAUGACCUUUGACGAUGAUGUCCGAGUUGCCUUUGGGCAAGCUCAUGAACACGCAAAGAUGAUUGUUCUCGAGAAUAGUGGACUGAAGGUUUUAAUUGGGGCUGCGAAAGCUCACCUUGAUAAUACUUCUGUUCUGAGUGAGCUGUGUGCAACGUUGUCCCAUCUGGCUGUGAGGAAUGAGUUCUGUCAGGACAUCUGUGACCUGGGGGGAUUGAAACUCAUCAUGACGCUGCUUGCGGAAGGCUAUGAGAAAGCGGAGUUGAUUCGGCAGGUCUUUAGUGCAAUACGGGCCAUAGCAGGAAAUGACGACGUGAAAGACACAGUUGUUAAUGCCGGUGGAGUCCAGCUCAUUGUCAUUGCCAUGAACCGACACAUGAACAACUCCGCUGUGUGUGAGCAAGGCUGUGCAUGUCUCUCGGUGCUUGCUCUGCGUAAACCGGAAAACUGUAUAGUCAUCAUGGAAAAUGGAGGUGCCUUGGCUGCUGUGCAGGCUAUGAGGACACAUACCAAUUCGAUCAAUGUCCAGAAACAGGCAUGUAUGCUGAUGAGAAACUUGGUUGGCCGUUUGAGUAACCUAAGCCAACCAAUCCUGGAUCUGGGCGCAGAGGACCUGAUAAACCAGUACCUCAAGACCCAUCAAGACUGUGGAGACGUGGGUAAAGCAGCCCUCAGAGAUCUUGGAUGUCACGUGGAGCUCCGAGAGCUCUGGACCGGCAAACAUGGCAGCCUUACCCAGUGAAAGUAAAGAAGGGCAUUAAUGUACAUCCUUACAGUGAGCCUAAAGCUUCUUUUCAGGCAAGAAAAAAUGUUAUGUUGGAAUAGCCAAGAGUUUAAGAUGGUGCAUCUACCCAGUUUGACAAAGUUGUUAAAAGGAGAGGAUGUAGAACAAAUAUUUGUAAGCAGGCCACCUGUCCGACACAACGCCUGAGAGGUCAUUGUAGUCCAGGUAAUCAUGUUUUGUUUGCUCACAAAUCCUCUGUUGCCCAAUUUUAUAUCUGUACCACACUUUUGUUGAUAAUAUGUAGAUGUUAAUUUUCUUACUUUUUGUGCCAUGGGUUUAUCUUAAUAAAUGUAUUUGCUGCUAUGCAAACAUUUUACCUGCACUGGUUUGUGCAGUCUCUUUGCAGCCACAUUUAAAUGUAUUGAAUGAAUUAUACUUUUACUAGAUCUAAACAUUUCCUUUGUAUGUGUUUCAUUUGUUUAUCCAUUAUUACAAUUUAAAUUAAAAUCUCUGAUAGUAAGAUCUA